AUGGUGCUGCUUCACUUCAAGAACUCUGAGACCGACCAAUUUCUGUUUGAGACGAGCGUUGCGCUGCCCGCACGCGACGUAUCGCGUGACCUGGCAGACGUGCACAACCUGCGCCACCGCAUCACGCGGCUCAAGCUAGAGGGCGGAGAGCUGGCCAAAUACGGGCCCGCGAAAGCACCUGACAGGCAGGGCAUCGACAAGUUUGAGGAGGGCCAUGAGGCGCGCGAGCGUGGGCCCCACUACUGCAUGGACCCCACAGGGCGGCGCAGCGGCGAGGCUUGCGACCCCGAAGUCGCCCAGAAGCUGCUCAAGGAGCUGGACGAUGCUGAGGCUGCCGCAUCCAAGGACCGUGUGUUGCGCAAGGAGCCCUUGACCAAGGCGGCCCUGCUGGCGGCGAUUGACAACAUCCGCGGCGCGGUGAUGAUCUGUUACCCGAUGGGGCUCCCAGAGUGGGACUUUGUGCGGCAGUGCCUGGAGGGGAGGGAGGACCUCAGCGGCUCGGACUUUGGUGGCAAGGAUCUGGACCCGGAGACGUGCCAGCUCUGGUUUGCGUCGCGCGCGCUGGCGGCGGACAGGCCGCUGUCGGACGCGCUGGGCCGCAACGAGCGCACCCGGGCGGUGGUGAAGGCCACGAAGAAGGGCGCGGGCGCGCCCGCGCGGGAGCCGGCUGUCGACGCGGACACCCAGAAAGCGAUGCUGGCCUGGUACUACAAGAAGCAGGAGCAGCAGAAGGCAGGCGGGCCCGCGGGCUAG